GUUGUGUGGUAGAAGAUGCGCGUCCCCCGGAUAAACCUGUUCUGGAGGGAGUGACUUGAUCCAAGCGCCGUCCAAUUAUCUUAUAGCAGCAUUUAUCCGCCGCUACAGCCCAGACUAGUCAUUCGCAAACAGGCGUGAACCAAUGUGGAAGCAAUGCUCGUUUGAAUAUUCUAUCUUACGCAAAGAAAAGGAGGGAAAAAACGCGUGGGGAAAUUGACAAUCGGGAGAAGACGCAGCUGAAUCGCGCGGCUCCAUUCACGCCGUGUCUACUAUCAGUAACAGUGACUGAGAGACCGCCAACAAAUCUGCGGAGAGAGAGAGAGAAAAGGGACGGGAGAGCUCCAGACAAACGGAAACUGUGGCCAGACUCCAGAGGAAGUCAAUUGAUUUCGCCCUUCUUGAUGAGAGAGAUUUACAAGCGUGUCUGUCAGACCGUCUGUCAAAGCAAUCAACAGUUGGUGCGAGCGCGCGAUUAAAGGGACUUUGCACGCGCGAGACGCUUCAGUGAUGGGUGUGUGAUUUCAGCACCUCAGCCCUAUGGACACCCGCUUGCGUGUGACUGAAUUGUUCAGUAAUAUGGAAGACAGACUGUUGCACAUCGUGAUGCAUUGGAUGCUUUUGCGCGUUUAGUACACCACAACAGACCAGAGACAGGAGAAUGAGCAAUCUAUUCACGGAUUCCGGAGCUUCUGCGUUUAUUCUCGUUUUGCAUUUGCUGUAAAAAAAGAAAAAAAAAAAGGAAAAAGAAAAAAAGACUACAGACAGAGAGAACCCCACACAGUAUAACCUCACUGGAUUUAAGGGCGCAUUUGUUGCUUUUCCUCUUGACCUUGCCUUGUGACACUCAAAAGCAGCAUGUUAAUGAUGGAGAGCGGCGGCGUAGACGCGCAUCAGGUUGAACUGGACGCCGACUAUGAGCCGCACUGCCGCCCGAGGUCGUGCACCUGGCCGCUGCCGUGUCCGGAGGAGGAGAGCCGCGCGCUGCCGGUGAAAGUGGAGCCGCGCAACGUGCCGGCGUGCCGGAGCGGAGGGGCGCCGACGGAGUUCAAGCAUCCAGCCGGCGCCCCGGCGCCUAUCGCGGCCGCCCCAGCGUGCAUGUCCGGCGCCGCGCUGGAUGUGGCCGGCCAGCUGCGCAAAUCCAAGUCGUCGCGCCGGAACGCGUGGGGCAACCAGUCGUACGCGGAUCUGAUCACACGUGCCAUUGAGAGCACCCCCGAGAAAAGGCUCACCCUGUCGCAAAUCUACGACUGGAUGGUGCGCUUUGUGCCCUAUUUCAAGGAUAAAGGAGACAGCAAUAGCUCCGCCGGCUGGAAGAACUCCAUCAGACACAACCUCUCUCUACACACCCGCUUCAUCCGUGUUCAAAAUGAAGGAACAGGAAAAAGUUCCUGGUGGAUGCUUAACCCAGAGGGUGGAAAGAUGGGCAAAGGGCCCCGAAGACGAGCUGUAUCUAUGGACAAUGGCACUAAAUACCUGAAGAGCCGAGGCCGAGUCAGCCGGAAGAGAGCAGGAGCUGUGGGAAUGGGUCGAGAGCUUGGAGGACCCGGAAUACAGGGAUCGCCAGAACAUGGAAGCCCAGCUGGUAAAGGAGUAAUUGGAGUCGGGGGUGAAGGGUUUGAUACCUGGACAGACCUUCACUCCAGAACAAGCUCCUCUGCGUCAACUUUAAGCGGAUGCUUGUCUCCAAUUCUGGCUGAGACAGAACCUGAUGAACCAGAGGAAGGAGGACUUUCCUGCUCAGCCUCUCCAAGACUGUACCCUAGCCCUACUAGCACAAGAUCUCCAGCCCUGGGAACAGGGGGACACUGUCCAUCUGUCGAGCUCCCGCACCUAGCUGAUCUAACUGGAGCCAUCAGCUUGGAAGAGGGCUACUCACAGCCUCUACCACUUAAGCGCAAUGGCUUUCACUAUGGCCCUGGACCAAAAGGAGAGACCUCCUACUGUGGAACAGUUUAUGGCCAACCAUCCAUGGGCAUGCUUAGGCAUCAUACGCCUAUGCAGACAAUUCAGGAAAACAAGCCUACCAGCUUCCAGCGUGCUCUUAGGGCAUACUCAGAGAACAAUGCCCUUGAAAGUCUGCUUGCUGGAGGGUCACAAUACUGUGGUAAGGACAUAGUUGUGGGGCAAGGAGCAGCAUCCCAUUCCCUUAUGUCACAAUCUAACAGCGCCAUGCACUCUCACAGCCACAAUCAAAGCCAGAAUCACAAUCAUAACCCAGAGCAUGGCCACAAUCGCAGUUCCAGUCAGAGUCUUCACAACGGCCAUGGAGUAACCCACGAGCAAAACCCAAGCCAUCAUCACAAUCCCAAUCAAGCUCGUAACCCAAGUCUUGACUACAAUCAUCACAAACACCACCGUGGCCAUGACUACGUUCAAUCUCAUGACCACAAACUCAAUGCUAGUCCCAAUCCUAACCACAUGCACAAUCACCUGCAACACAACAACUCCAGACAACCAGACCUUUCUCCCAGGGUGAACAAUGACAUGUUGCAACCCUAUAAUCACAAAUCACCCAGCCUUUAUGGCUCACAUGCUCCCCUACCUUCUACUGCCCUGCCUCCUAACCCUGCCAGUGUCUUGGAUGUACCCCAAGACCCUUGUCGCCUGGCUUCAGCCCCCCACCCUCGCCAUCAAUCCUAUCCAGGUUCCCACCUCCACCAGGGCAUGACAGAACCCUGGCUGGGGUAUUACCACCACACAUCACAGAAUUCUAAUUACCAUGGAAACCACCAAGCUAACCAUCACCAGGAUCUUCACAACCGGUUGCAGUCCGAGCUGGAACUGGAUGUGCACCAGGGCAGUCUGGAUUGCGAUGUGGAAUCCAUCCUUCUGAAUGACUUCAUGGACUCAACAGAGGAAAUGGGCUUUAAUUUUGACGGGUCGCUAUCACAGGGUGUUGGCAUGGGAAUGGGGUUGGGAAUGGGAAUGGGAGUUUUUGCAGGACCUCAGCAAUCACACAACAGCCAGAGUUGGGUGCCUGGGUGAACCGUGGGGGAAUUGAGGACCUAUAUAUAAGCAAGUGUUCAACCAUACAGCCUUCUGAAGGGCAGUAGGAUCAGUUGGGAACUCACAUGAACGAACUGACCAAGAUUCCCUUUUGCUGAUGUCAGAUUCUGGACUCAUGACUAUCCCUUGCUCCAUCUCCAUACCCCCCCCCCCAUUACAUUUCCCCUGCUGUGGAAUAAAGUCAUAGUGCCCUAACUGUCCUUUCUGUGGUUCAUGUCCUUCAGUUUGUGCUCAAUUCAUCACCUCCAUGUCUUUCUGGGCAAAAGCUCUGAAGCACUUUACAUCGCCAUCCAUUCCGAUGCUGUAACGACCACCCCGCGACCUGGGAGGAAUCACAUUGUCCGCUGGCCUGGGUUUAAUGUAUGCAAACGACUUUGUUAUCCUUCCUGAACAAAAAAAGUUAAUAAAUAAUUAAGCGUUGGUGUUGUUUUACUAAACAUGAGUACAGGAUUGAGCAGUUGCUAUAGCUGUCUGGGUGUCUGUGCUGUCAUUUGUGUAUUCGUCAGUGUGUGUGGGUGCUUGAGUGUGGAGCUGCUUUUCUUUGGUACAUCUACGCAUCUCCUCCCAAGUAGGUCCCUUUACUGUGGGCCAGGACAGUCAUCCAUCAGACACACUCUAUUGAUAUUCAGCAUAUCCUUUUUAAUCUCCAAAGUAAUGCACCGGCUAUGCAUCACUGUUGCAAAUAGAAUGUGAUGCUCUGAGAGCGCAGGGCUGUUUUUCCCCCGGACACACAACGGCUUAAUGUGUUUUGGCGAAAGUGAUGAUUAAAGUCACUCUGCAGUAAGUGGGGGGCAGGGGGAGGGGUAUUAGAAGGAGGUAGGGAGGGCAGAGAUAGAAAGAUAGAGGGGGAAAAGGAGAAAUGCAAAUAUUAUCACUAUGCCCCCUUCCUCUCCAUUCUGUGAAUAUAUAAAGCUUUCCCUGUAAUGAAAUAAGAAACGAUCCAACACUACCGCACAUCCUGUGCAGAGCUCUUUCCUGGUUCACCUCAGCCUAGCUACUCUGUGGCAGCCUUACUUUGUCUUCAACCAAUGCACUGGCAUUAUUUCGGCUACAUUAACAUUCUUUAUUCUUCUGCCUAUGCAGCGUUACCCUAGGUUAUCAAUGAUGAUUAAUCAAAUUGAUAAUUUUGUCAACCCUUAUUAACUGUGUGUUUAUAUAAUACAGAUCUGGAGUUUGGAAAAUUAUCCUUAACAAGUUAAAGCUUGACUAACCUGACUAACUAUUUGAUGGUAGUGCUACCUCAAGGUUGCAAAAGGAAAGGUGUCAUCUAAUUUCAGGUUUUACAGAAUAACAACUCCACCAUCUUCCAGAGCCUUUGUGUCCUACACUAGUGAACUGAAUGCUGAUUAAUUCAGUCAGCAAGCAAAAAAUUGGUGCUAUCUUCUCUGUGCAGACUUCCCCUAUCAUGUUGCCCUUAUCCAGUGAUCUCCCAGACUCAAGUAAUUAAGUGCAAGAGUACUGUAUAUUUUCUCAUUCUGGGUGCAACAUAACACCAAGGGUUCAAACAGAAAGACUUCUCCAAUUAUUACAUGGUUUGAAAACAUAUGGGGCACGUUUAUGCACAAAUCAUAGAUAAAAGUUGUCUUAACCUAUUAUGGCCACUACAUAGGGAUGGACAAAUUAAUGGAAACAUCACAUGGAAAAGGAGCUUCACUUUGAAGCAAUUAAAUCAUAGACUGUAAUUACAAAGGAGUUUAUUAGGUUGAUUGACAAUUACAAAACAUGUCAGGAGUAAAAAAAAAAAAGGUCUGACAGUUAGCACUUAUGAGAGCUUUCAAAGCAAUGUGAAGCGACUAACAGGGUUUUAAAGCCGAAUGGUUUGUAUGUGAUUUGCCGGUGCAUCCAUGUCAAAGAUUGCUAAAUUAUUUAUUUGUCAAGAGAGACAGGAUCAAAAAUAAUGAUAGCAUUUGCCAAACAGUAAAAAUGCAUGGGCAAAGACUAACAGAAGUCGCAACUCAGUGCACUCUGACAAUCAAAAACAUAUCAAGCAGCAUCAAAAACCAUAGGCUAUAUGAAUCAGUAUUUCUCUCACCAUGUCUUCACAAAAGGCAUUUUCUAGCAUCAGAGAGCAAAAGCACUGUUCACUUGUGAUGUCCCAUAAUUACAGGAUUAUAAUGUCUCUGUGCACACUACUAAACAAAUGCAAGAGUAAUUUCAUGGCUGCCAGGAUAAAGUCACCUUCCAUGGCCAAUCACUAAAUCAGAACAUCUUUGAAUUUUUAUGUAAAUUUAUGGAACACAAAGAGUAGAUUUGGAGAGGUUUGUAUCUCUUUAGCAUUCCAACAAGAAUGUGCCGUGAAGGAACUCUUAUUAAUUCCUAUUGAUAUGCUGUUUGGUGUUUCAGGUUAUUUUGUCCACUCUUUGCAUCAUCACUUGCUUUUGUCUACCAUUAUUAAUGUCCCAUAAAGUGCAUCCCCAUCCCCCACACUCUUUUAUUUAUUUUUUUGUUAUAUAUGUUGCCAGGUGCUUUCUCAGAGGCUGAAAUUGUCCAGAGAUACAUGACUUGGAUGCAGCUUUUUGUUCUGCUUAAAUUUUGAUGAGGAAAAACGUACAUGGAGAGAGAAAUGGAGAGUGCAGUUAAAAAAGAUAAAGGAAGCUGACAGAGAGUGAGUUGAAAAGGACGGCACUAGGUUGCUUGAAAGAAGAAGAAAAAAAAUCUCUCACAGACAGAGAUGGUGUGUGUUUUGUGCAUGAGAGAGAGAGUCUGUCAGAGAAGCUUCUCUCAGCAGAGCUGUUUGAAUCAGGACAAAUGUCAAGUGGCUCUCUACAGUGUUUCUCACACAGGCCGAUCAGAUAGCCAUCCCUCUUUCUCACUGUCUCUCUUUCCUGCCAAGGACAAUGAGCCCUGUCUUCAUCCGCUUUCAUUCCCGUCUUUAUGUUUUUUCGAGGUGGCCAGGAAUAUGUUGUUAUCCAACUGUGAUUUUGAUUGCUGGCCUACGCCUGCUUCAGAGCUCAGCUUCGUGUGUGUGUGUGUGUGUGUGUGUGUGUAGCACAGUGACGUACCUGAAAUGAUAUGAAAAUGAACUCAAAUCGUGCCCUGGUAUUUCCUAUGCCUGGCUAUCAAUAAUAUAAUAUACACAGUUUAUAUUUAUUGGGUAUAAAGAUGGGCUUGUGGAUGACAGUAUGGAGCUCCUGUAUCCCAUUCAUCUAUAUUACAAGAUCAUGAUUCUAUUACAGUUCAUUUCUGUUACAUGCUGUACAAAAAUCUGUAUGGAGAAAAUUGUAUAAUAUUUUUUGACAAGCAAAUAUCAGUUUUAUUUCUUUUUUUAAAUGAUGUAUCUGCUCAUCUUGUGGCCGGUAAAA